AUGGAGGGAAACGGCAUGGAUCAGGAGAAUGCGGAUGAAGCUCCCACUCGGAGACCGGUGUCCUCCUUACUAUCUCACUUCGAAAACCUCUCGCACCGCAAAAGCCAAUCCACUGUCGGAACCGGCCCCCAUGACAUUACCCAGCGCUUCUUGAGAACCCCCGAACCCGGCGAUGAUCCCCGGUCUUCAAGCCGCAUCUCCUUGGAUCUGCCUAGGCCGCAUUCUCCCUGGAACGCAACGGCUGGCGAACGACAGGGACGUCGAAAUGAACAAGCCAACGGCGAACAAUCACGAGCUCGCGGAUCUCCCGGAGCUCGAUAUGGCCGGCCCAUCUCCGUGAACUUCAACCAGUCGUCACCACAGCUUGCGCCUACUUUGACCGUACACUCGCCCCAAUCGCCGCCGCGGGGCCUUGAGCGGGAGCUACGUACUGCUCAACAGGAUGAUAAUCGCAUGGUUAGACCCUCAGUUCAUCGAGCCAGAGAGUCUGUUUCUGCUGGUCCAGCUGCCUCUCGGCCCGUGACGCCGCAAUACGGGUCUUCUGGUCCAGCGGGAGAGACUACUGCGCGUCUCUCACCCAAUGCUCCAGGCUCCAAUGGCACUAGCCCGCAAUCGGAGCGAAAGUUAAAGAGCGCAUCACUGCCACCGCCGGUGAACCGGGCAGACAAGCCCAAGAUCCCGGCCAAGCCGGCAAUGUUUUCCCAUCCGGAUACAAGCUCCUUAGCUCCUCGGCCUGAUCCCACCUUGUCUGAAGGCCAUGUGUCUCCAUUCAGCACUCCUCCCAGUAGCCCAGAGAAGCCCUCAAACAAACCAGUUUCAGCUAGCAAGCCACGACCGUCGCCUUCACGGCCUGGGACUGAGCCUCCGGUUCGCCGCUCGUUUGAUGAACGUCCACCCGCAUCAUCUAUCUGUUCUAGGCAGGAUGCUCGAGAAGUCGGCUUCUCUCGGACUCGUCCGGUUCCUGAGCCUUCACGGGCCACUAAACCUCUCAUGGUGCAGAUUCCGCCGACUUCGCCCGCGCCCCAGGAAACGUAUACUGCUCCGCCGCUUUCUUCACAAAGGCUUCAGGCUAGCGACAAUCCUCCUGAUCGUCCCGGUCUUCCUCCAAGACCUACGCCGACUCCUCGCAGGGGGGGGAUUCUCCCCUGCGCGAGAUUCUCCAGCAUCUGCGAGGCACCAAUUCAGCGCGGCAUCCAGCGACAGCAGUCCUUGCCUCGAGAAUCACAUUUAUCAUCAAUAUCACAAGAGCGCCGACUGGUGCGGACAGAUACAGAAGAAGAAGAACUUCCUGUCGAUGAAGUUAAGGUGUCACGAACCGAUUAUCCCGAUUCCUCAAAGGCCAACCGGCGGCCUCCGCUCUUGAAAUCAGGACCCAGGGAGAUUUUGACACGGUACGACACCCGGCUACUCGCUGUAUGCGGAAAAUAUGUGUGCACCACCGGAUACUUGACCCGCGUUUGGGAUCUCACCACCGGCGAGCAAGUUCUCAGCAUCGGCCAUGGAGAAACAGUGAAGAGUUUGUCUUUAGCUUUUAAGCCUGGAAAUGGUCUUGAUGAUGAGGGUAAACGUAUAUGGCUCGGUACUAGCGCUGGAGAGCUGCACGAAGUCGACAUUGCAUCGCAAUCCAUUGUCGCUAGCCGAGCCUACCCAUCUCGCAGAGAAGUCAUCCAAAUCUUACGCCAUAAGAAGGAAAUGUGGACUAUAGAUGAUGAGGGCCGGUUAUUAAUCUGGCUGCCAGAUGAGACUGGUGUUCCCAAUUUACAGUACAGCUACCACAGUCCCCAUGAGCGAGUGGCCCGUGGCCAAUUCUCCAUGGUGGUGGAUGAUAAACUUUGGCUGGCAGCAGGCAAAUAUGUUUAUAUCUACCGACCAAGCACGCGUGAUGACUCCACAUUCAAGGUCCUCAAGCGCCCAUUAGGUCUGCAACAUUCGGGUGACGUGACCUGUGGUACAUAUACCACUCAGGACGGUGGCCGUGUGUAUCUUGGUCAUGCGGACGGCAAAGUAACGGUUUACUCGUCCACCGACUAUGCGUGUCUGGCUGUGGUCAAUGUUAGCGUUUACAAGAUCAAUUGUCUCGGCUUUGUGGGUAACUAUCUGUGGGCGGGCUACAAGACAGGUAUGAUCUACGUUUACGACACUAGGACAAACCCCUGGACCGUGAAAAAGGACUGGCGCGCGCAUGACAGUCCUGUAUGUGACUUUGUGCUGGACACGAGUAGCGUCUGGACGAUCAACCGUUUGCAAGUGACAUCCCUUGGCACUGACAAUUGCAUACGUCUAUGGGAUGGAAUGCUGGAGGAUGACUGGUUAGAUGCUCGAAUGCAAGACCGAGAUGUCGAGUUUUGCAAAUUCCGCGAAUUGCGUACUGCUGUAAUUACUUGGAAUGCUGGUGCUUCAACCCCUGGUAGUUUGCGCACGUCUGAUUUCAUCCGCGAGGCUGUUCAACCAGAGAACUCUCCCGAUAUUGUGGUGUUUGGGUUCCAAGAACUUGUCGACCUCGAGAACAAGAAGAUCACAGCGAAGAGUUUAUUGAAGAGUAGCAAGAAGAAGGAGAAUGGCGAGAAGGAGCACAUGAGCCGGCAGUACCGGGUAUGGGCUGACCAUCUCACCCGAACUUUACACGAAUGUAUGCCUCUCGAGGAAUCUUACGUGCUUCUCCACACUGCCAACAUGGUGGGACUCUUCACCUGUGUGUUUGUCAAACAUAACGAACGCCACAAUAUCAAGAGCAUCAACGCCUCCGAGAUUAAGCGGGGAAUGGGUGGUUUGCAUGGCAAUAAGGUUUGUGGCGCCUCUCUUCGUGUCCUUGAGAUCAAGCCUCUAAUCUGUCACUUUCAGGGCGCUCUUGUCUUCCGCUUCGUGCUAGACGACAGCUCGAUUUGCUUUGUCAAUUGCCAUCUCGCGGCUGGCCAAACACAAACCGCUCACCGUAACAACGACAUCGCCGCGAUCCUAGAAGCAGAACCUCUACCCGCCGAAACCAGUCCUACCACACGGGUGAAUCAAUACGCCAGUGGAGGUGACGGAUCCAUGAUUAUGGACCAUGAGAUCUGUAUCUUAAAUGGGGACCUGAACUACCGCAUUGAUUCCAUCCCACGCAAUGUCAUUAUUGACGCUGUCCGCCAAAACAACCUCUCAAAACUUCUCGAACGCGACCAACUUCUAGCAUCUCGCCGCAAGAACCCCGGCUUCCGACUUCGCAGCUUCAAUGAAGCCCCUAUUACCUUUGCUCCGACAUAUAAAUACGACGUCGGUACUGACCAGUACGAUUCGAGCGACAAGAAGCGCUCCCCCGCCUGGUGUGACCGCAUUCUCUACCGUGGAGCCGGCCGCGUCAAGCAGCUCGAGUAUCGCCGACACGAGGUCCGUGCCUCCGACCACCGGCCUGUCAGUGCGACGUUCAAGAUUCGCGUUAAAACAGUUCUGCCGCAGGAACGGGCGAUUGCGUGGGAAGCAUGUCAGCAGGAGUUCCAGGAAGAGAAACGACGGCUGGCUUCUGAAGCCAGCAUUGAAUAUCUCAUUACUGUCCUCGGUACCGAUCCUCGCCAAGCCCGUGCGCUGAUCCUGAAGGGUUGA